GUUAGCUCCUGUACAACGGUAUUAUCUUACACACCAUCAAUAUGAAUUCCCUCAUCGCAUUCUGCCUGUUUGCCGUUUUGGCCGUGGCUCUCGCCAGACCUGACGACAAGUACACCGAUCGCUACGACAACGUUAAUUUAGAUGAGGUCCUCAGCAAUUCUCGACUUCUUCAGCCUUACAUCAAAUGUAUCCUCGACAAGGACAGGUGUGCCCCUGACGCUAAGGAGUUGAAGGAACACAUCAGGGAGGCACUCGAGACCGAAUGCGCGAAAUGUACCGAAGCCCAGAAGAAGGGUACUCGACGUGUUAUCGGCCAUCUAAUUAAUAACGAAAGCAAAUCCUGGAAUGAGCUGACCGCUAAAUACGACCCCGAAAAUAAAUUUACAGCCAAAUACGAAAAGGAGCUUCGUGAAAUCAAAGCUUAAGACACAAAUGCUAAACUAAGCUAUGAAAUGUGCUAAACAAUGAAAUGUGAUAUUUUUCGAAUAUUAAUAAUGAAUAAAUAAUUAAU